AUGCACAACUCUUUAAACUUUCUAUGUUAUGCUGACGACGUAUGUAUUCUAGCCAACUCAGAAUACAAAUUAAGAAAUAUUUUAUCAUUAUUUGUCAACAACUGUGAUGGAUAUGGUUUAAGAGUUAACUACACAAAAACCAAACUGAUCACCUCAAAUACCGAUGCGAGUCACUUAAACCCCUUUAACUUUGAGGGUAAUACGAUAGAAUUAGUGUCAGAUUUUAAAUACCUAGGAAACAGGAUAACGUCAUUAGGCCUCACUUUUUUAGAUACGAAAUCGAGAACGAAUAAUGCUAGACUCCACCAGCGUCUACAUGACAGAUUUUCACUGGAUGCAAAUCCCCUUCAAAAACCUUUACCUACCCCCUAA